CCAGACAAGGUCUUCCCCUCGAGUUGCAGGAGAGCACACGGACAGAGCCGGGGGAAGAGCCGAUCAUAAACACUCGCCAUGGGUAAGUCUCACUCUCAAUGAUGAAAUAUAGUGCAUUUACAAUACCUCUGCUUUCAGGUACUUUGGUUUAUAUUUCAUUGUCCUGGUGGCUUGUUCAGCUGAAUUUUAAGUUGUCAUGCAUUUGUGCAGUGUUUGAGUGAAUAGCGAAGUGCUGUGAUUUUGUGCUGAUGCGUUAGUAGCCUACUUUGUGUUGCUGUACUGAUUAUGAUUUACAAGUAAGAUUUAUGCAAAUGCUAUAAUGACAAAACGACCAAGUUUUUAUUUAUUAAAGGAGAUUAUUGUGAUCAGCAUUAUUGAACUUUAACAGUUUUAGACAAUUGUUCCUUUGUAGUUUACCUAACACAAUGUAUGCAUGAUGUAUUGUCAGUGGUGGAAAAAGUGCCCAGUUGUCAUACUUGAGUAAAAGUAAAGAUACCUUAAUAGAAAAAUUAAUGAAUUGGUCCAUUUUCCUGUCCUGCUAAGCAUUCAAAAUGUAACGAGUACUUUUGGGUGUCAGGGAAAAUGUAUGAAGUAAAAAGUACGUCAUUUUCUUUAGGAAUGUAUUGAAGUAAAAGUAAAAGUAGUCAAAAAUAUAAAUAGUAAAGUACAGAUACCCACAAAAACUACUUAAGUAGUACUUUAAAGUAUUUUUACUUAAGAACUUUACACCAGUGUGCAUUGUAGGCUCUAUGACCUGUUAGGGGAACUAUACUGAGCAAAAAUAUAAACGCAACAUGCAACAACUUCAAAGAUUUUACUGAGUUACAGUUCAUAUAAGGAAAUCAGUCAAAUGAAAUAAAAUUAAUGAGGCCCUAAUCUAUGGAUUUCACAUGGACUGGGAAUACAGACAUGCAUCUGUUGGUCACAGAUACCUUAACAAAAAGGUAUGGGCGUGGAUCAGAAUACCAGUCAGUAUCUGGUGUGACCACCAUUUGCCUCAUGCAGCGCCACACAUCUCCUUCGCAUGGAUUUGAUCAGGCUGUUGAUUGUGGCCUGUGGAAUGUGUUCCCACUCCUCUUCAAUUGUUGUGUGAAGUUGCUGGAUAUUGGCGGGAACUGGAACACGCUGUCGUACACGUCAAUCCAGAGCAUCCCAAACAUGCUCAAUGGGUGACAUGUCUGGUGAGAAUGCAGGACAUGGAAGAACUGGGACAUUUUCAGCUUCCGCGAAUUGUGAACAGAUCCUUGCAACAUGGGGCAGUGCAUUAUCAUGCUGAAACAUGAGGUGAUGGCGGCGGAUGAAUGGCAAGACAAUGGGCCUAAGGAUCUUGUCACGGUAUCUCUGUGCAUUCAAAUUGCCAUUGAUAAAAUGCAAUUGUGUUUGUUGUCCGUAGCCUAUGCCUGCCCAUAUCAUAACCCCACCACCACCAUACAGCACUCUGUUCACAACGGUGACAUCAGAAAACCAGCAAACGUACUGCCAAAUUCUCUAAAACGACGGUGGAGGCGGCUUAUAGUAGAGAAAUUAACAUUCAAUUCUCUGGCAACAGCUCUGGUGGACAUUCCUGCACUCAACAUGCCAAUUGCACGCUCCCUCAAAACUUGAGACAUCUGUUGCAUUGUGUUGUGAUCAAACUGCACAUUUUAGAGUGGCCUUUUAUUGGCCCCAGCACAAGGUGCACCUGUGUAAUGAGCAUGCUGUUUGAUCAGCUUCUUAAUAUGCUACACCUGUCAGGUGGAUGGAUUAUCUUGGCAAAGGAGAAAUGCUCACUAAAAGGGAUGUAAACAAAUUUGUGGCAAAAUUUGAGAGAAAUAAGCUUUUUGUGGGUAUGGAAAAUUCCUGGGAUCUUUUAUUUCAGCUCAUGAAACAUGGGACUGUUACUUUCCCCAGCAAGAAAACCCAAAUAAUAUUGCUCAAACAGAAGGGGGAACUAACAAAGAGCCACUGACAACAACCAAAACAAAACAGGUGGGGUUUUAGGAGGGGUUCUAAAAGAUACUCAUGGGGGGGUCCACUGAUAGUUGACUAGCAACAACAACUGGAACCUAAAAGACGCCCACCGUGAGCGCCCACUAAUUUGCCCAAGAAGAGGCAAACAAAAUAAAAACCCACACCAUACUUAGACAGGAAGCAGACCAAAAUGGUGGCGUAAAACAAAAACAGGGAAGAUCAGAGAAAGGGAUGUUUUUUCUAGAACUCAAGUAGGGAGCGCCAAUUCAAGGUGUUGACCCUCCACAUCUACCAAGACCACUGGAGCACUGGGCCAGCCACUCUUAAAUAGCACCUGGGCCAGCACAGGUGAAACACCUUCCCACUGACAAGGUGGUAACCAGCACAGGUGUAACACAUACCGACUAACGAGAUGACACCGAUUGGUGCGCCCUACAUGCUAAAGUCCAACCUCAAAACAGAAAUGGAAAAAACCAAAGCCUGUAACAAGACCAACACUUUACAUGUGCGUUUAUAGUUUUGUUCAGUGUAGUUUGGUCUUGUCUUGAGGCUUGGGGUUCAGGGUUAGGGUUUAUUAGCUCCAUGCUACUGGUAGACAGGACAGGGUUGACUUAUACUAUAGUACAAUGUGGAGGAAGGAAAGGUUAGUUAGCUCCCUGCUACUGGUAGACAGGAAAUGGUUUUAUCUUUGAUCAACAUACCACUCUACAAUUUACACGAAAGUAGAUCAUAUCUACUUCAUCCUCUUUUAGGUUGGGAAGCAUUCAAAUACUUGUGUGUUUUUAAAUUAGUUUGGAGUUUGUAUUUUUGGGACUAUUCCAUUGGUUUAGCCAUUGUAGCCUACCUGGAGAGAAUUAUGCACAAUAAGAAGAGACGGAUGAUACAGAAUCUACUGGCCCUGACCUGGUUACACUGAACGAGUUGUAUUACAGCAAUAACCCUAACCCUACUUACAGCAAUAACCCUAACCCUACUUACAGCAAUAACCCUAACCCUACUUACAGCAAUAACCCUAACCCUACUUACAGCAAUAACCCUAACCCUACUUACAGCAAUAACCCUAACCCUACUUACAGCAAUAACCCUAACCCUACUUACAGCAAUAACCCUAACCCUACUUACAGCAAUAACCCUAACCCUACUUACAGCAAUAACCCUAACCCUACUUACAGCAAUAACCCUAACCCUACUUACAGCAAUAACCCUAACCCUACUUACAGCAAUAACCCUAACCCUACUUACAGCAAUAACCCUAACCCUACUUACAGCAAUAACCCUAACCCUACUUACAGCAAUAACCCUAACCCUACUUACAGCAAUAACCCUAACCCUACUUACAGCAAUAACCCUAACCCUACUUACAGCAAUAACCCUAACCCUACUUACAGCAAUAACCCUAACCCUACUUACAGCAAUAACCCUAACCCUUCUUACAGCAAUAACCCUAACCCUACUUACAGCAAUAACCCUAACCCUACUUACAGCAAUAACCCUAACCCUACUUACAGCAAUAACCCUAACCCUACUUACAGCAAUAACCCUAACCCUACUUACAGCAAUAACCCUAACCCUACUUACAGCAAUAACCCUAACCCUACUUACAGCAAUAACCCUAACCCUACUUACAGCAAUAACCCUAACCCUAUUUACAGCAAUAACCCUAACCCUACUUACAGCAAUAACCCUAACCCUACUUACAGCAAUAACCCUAACCCUACUUACAGCAAUAACCCUAACCCUACUUACAGCAAUAACCCUAACCCUACUUACAGCAAUAACCCUAACCCACAGUAUACCAAUAAUAAGUCAUUACAAUACUUUCCCAGUGUGCUUGCAGGAAUAAUUACACAGUCAUUUAGUGUUAAGUGUAACCAAAAGCAACUAUUAUCAUGUUACCAAUAAAACAAUGCAGGGACAACUUUCACUGCUAGCCAAGUCCCCUUGGGAGGAUGUUGUGGAGCCUCCUGGCCAGCCUACAGUCAGUACUGUCUGUAACAGGAGGAUGUUGUGGAGCCUCCUGGCCAGUCUACAGUCAGUACUGUCUGUAACGGCAGGAUGUUGUGGAGCCUCCUGGCCAGCCUACAGUCAGUACUGUCUGUAACAGGAGGAUGUUGUGGAGCCUCCUGGCCAGCCUACAGUCAGUACUGUCUGUAACAGGAGGAUGUUGUGGAGCCUCCUGGCCAGCCUACAGUCAGUACUGUCUGUAACAGGAGGAUGUUGUGGAGCCUCCUGGCCAGCCUACAGUCAGUACUAUCUGUAACAGGAGGAUGUUGUGGAGGCUCCUGGCCAGUCUACAGUCAGUACUGUCUGUAACAGGAGGAUGUUGUGGAGCCUCCUGGCCAGUCUACAGUCAGUACUGUCUGUAACAGGAGGAUGUUGUGGAGCCUCCUGGCCAGCCUACAGUCAGUACUGUCUGUAACAGGAGGAUGUUGUGGAGCCUCCUGGCUAGCCUACAGUCAGUACUGUCUGUAACAGGAGGAUGUUGUGGAGCCUCCUGGCCAGCCUACAGUCAGUACUGUCUGUAACAGGAGGAUGUUGUGGAGCCUCCUGGCCAGCCUACAGUCAGUACUGUCUGUAACGGGAGGAUGUUGUGGAGCCUCCUGGCCAGCCUACAGUCAGUACUGUCUGUAACAGGAGGAUGUUGUGGAGCCUCCUGGCCAGUCUACAGUCAGUACUGUCUGUAACAGGAGGAUGUUGUGGAGCCUCCUGGCCAGCCUACAGUCAGUACUGUCUGUAACAGGAGGAUGUUGUGGAGCCUCCUGGCCAGUCUACAGUCAGUACUGUCUGUAACAGGAGGAUGUUGUGGAGCCUCCUGGCCAGCCUACAGUCAGUACUGUCUGUAACAGGAGGAUGUUGUGGAGCCUCCUGGCCAGCCUACAGUCAGUACUGUCUGUAACGGGAGGAUGUUGUGGAGCCUCCUGGCCAGUCUACAGUCAGUACUGUCUGUAACAGGAGGAUGUUGUGGAGCCUCCUGACCAGCCUACAGUCAGUACUGUCUGUAACAGGAGGAUGUUGUGGAGCCUCCUGGCCACUGUCUGUAACAGGAGGAUGUUGUGGAGCCUCCUGGCCAGCCUACAGUCAGUACUGUCUGUAACAGGAGGAUGUUGUGGAGCCUCCUGGCCAGUCUACAGUCAGUACUGUCUGUAACAGGAGGAUGUUGUGGAGCCUCCUGGCCAGCCUACAGUCAGUACUGUCUGUAACAGGAGGAUGUUGUGGAGCCUCCUGGCCACUGUCUGUAACAGGAGGAUGUUGUGGAGCCUCCUGGCCAGCCUACAGUCAGUACUGUCUGUAACAGGAGGAUGUUGUGGAGCCUCCUGGCCAGCCUACAGUCAGUACUGUCUGUAACGGGAUGUUGUGGAGCCUCCUGGCCAGCCUACAGUCAGUACUGUCUGUAACAGGAGGAUGUUGUGGAGCCUCCUGGCCAGCCUACAGUCAGUACUGUCUGUAACAGGAGGAUGUUGUGGAGGCUCCUGGCCAGCCUACAGUCAGUACUGUCUGUAACAGGAGGAUGUUGUGGAGGCUCCUGGCCAGCCUACAGUCAGUACUGUCUGUAACAGGAGGAUGUUGUGGAGCCUCCUGGCCAGUCUACAGUCAGUACUGUCUGUAACAGGAGGAUGUUGUGGAGCCUCCUGGCCAGCCUACAGUCAGUACUGUCUGUAACAGGAGGAUGUUGUGGAGGCUCCUGGCCAGCCUACAGUCAGUACUGUCUGUAACAGGAGGAUAUUGUGGAGCCUCCUGGCCAGCCUACAGUCAGUACUGUCUGUAACAGGAGGAUGUUGUGGAGCCUCCUGGCCAGCCUACAGUCAGUACUGUCUGUAACAGGAGGAUGUUGUGGAGCCUCCUGGCCAGUCUACAGUCAGUACUGUCUGUAACAGGAGGAUGUUGUGGAGCCUCCUGGCCAGCCUACAGUCAGUACUGUCUGUAACAGGAGGAUGUUGUGGAGCCUCCUGGCCAGUCUACAGUCAGUACUGUCUGUAACAGAGGAUGUUGUGGAGCCUCCUGGCCAGCCUACAGUCAGUACUGUCUGUAACAGGAGGAUAUUGUGGAGCCUCCUGGCCAGCCUACAGUCAGUACUGUCUGUAACAGGAGGAUGUUGUGGAGCCUCCUGGCCAGCCUACAGUCAGUACUGUCUGUAACAGGAGGAUGUUUGUGGAGCCUCCUGACCAGCCUACAGUCAGUACUGUCUGUAACGGAGGAUGUUGUGGAUGCCUCCUACAGGCACUGUCUGUAACAGGAGGAUGUUGUGGAGCCUCCUGACCAGCCUACAGUCAGUAACUGUCUGUAACAGGAGGAUGUUGUGGAGCCUCCUGAGUCUACAAUGUCUGUAACAGGAGAUGUUGUGGAGCCUCCUGGCCAGCCUACAGUCAGUACUGUCUGUAACAGGAGGAUGUUGUGGAGCCUCCUGGCCACUGUACUGUUGGAUGUUGUGGAGCCUCCUGGCCAGCCUACAGUCAGUACUGUCUGUAACAGGAGGAUGUUGUGGAGCCUCCUGGCCACUGUCUGUAACAGGAGGAUGUUGUGGAGCCUCCUGGCCAGCCUACAGUCAGUACUGUCUGUAACAGGAGGAUGUUGUGGAGCCUCCUGGCCAGCCUACAGUCAGUAACUGUCUGUAACAGGAGGAUGUUGUGGAGCCUCCUGGCCAGCCUACAGUCAGUACUGUCUGUAACGGGAUGUUGUGGAGCCUCCUGGCCAGCCUACAGUCAGUACUGUCUGUAACAGGAGGAUGUUGUGGAGCCUCCUGGCCAGCCUACAGUCAGUACUGUCUGUAACAGGAGGAUGUUGUGGAGCUCCUGGCCAGCCUACAGUCAGUACUGUCUGUAACAGGAGGAUGUUGUGGAGGCUCCUGGCCAGCCUACAGUCAGUACUGUCUGUAACAGGAGGAUGUUGUGGAGCCUCCUGGCCAGUCUACAGUCAGUACUGUCUGUAACAGGAGGAUGUUGUGGAGCCUCCUGGCCAGCCUACAGUCAGUACUGUCUGUAACAGGAGGAUGUUGUGGAGGCUCCUGGCCAGCCUACAGUCAGUACUGUCUGUAACAGGAGGAUAUUGUGGAGCCUCCUGGCCAGCCUACAGUCAGUACUGUCUGUAACAGGAGGAUGUUGUGGAGCCUCCUGGCCAGCCUACAGUCAGUACUGUCUGUAACAGGAGGAUGUUGUGGAGCCUCCUGGCCAGUCUACAGUCAGUACUGUCUGUAACAGGAGGAUGUUGUGGAGCCUCCUGGCCAGCCUACAGUCAGUACUGUCUGUAACAGGAGGAUGUUGUGGAGCCUCCUGGCCAGCCUACAGUCAGUACUGUCUGUAACAGGAGGAUAUUGUGGAGCCUCCUGGCCAGCCUACAGUCAGUACUGUCUGUAACAGGAGGAUGUUGUGGAGCCUCCUGGCCAGCCUACAGUCAGUACUGUCUGUAAUAGGAUAUUGUUUUUGUACCCCCUGAUGGAAGACUUACUAGACAUGUUUUCCCUUCACGACUCUCUCUGAAAGUAUGUGAAUGGAAUGUACAAGCAGUCUACUGCUCAACCUAGAACGCGGUAAUGGUGGUUCCUGGUAACCUGAGUAAUAACCCACUAAUACAGGCUGGGGCCCAAAUGACCCCUGGUUCAACUCAUCGAGGGCUUGAUGAUGAGUUGACAAGUUGAAUCAGGUGUGCUUGUCUGGGACUACAUCAGAAAUGUGUGGUGUUGGGGGUACUGGAGGACUGGAGUUGGGAAACACUGCCCUAUGUAGUGCAUGACCCUAUGAACCCUGGUCAGAAGUAGUGCACUAUAAAGGGAACAGGGUGCCAUUUGGAACGAAGUCGCAGUAAUAAUACAGUAAUGACACACAUUCUUAGAAUAAAAGGUGCGAUCUAGAACCAAAACGUUUUUUCCCGUCUGUCCCCCCAAAAAAACUUUUGGUUCCUGGUGGAACCCUUUUUGGUUCCAGGUAGAACCCUUUUUGGUUCCACGUAGAACUCUUUUGGGUUCUAAAAGGGUUCUACCUGGAACCAAAAAGGGUUCUCCUGUUGGGACAGAACCCUUUUGGAACCCUUUUUUCCUAAGAGUGAGUAAAAACAAGGUAAUAACACAUUCAUAAUGAAAUGUAACUUGACAUGUGGUUUUACGUUAGGUAAACAGUUAUGACUGAUCCAUCGACCACCUUAUCAUACAUGGCGUCCUUACUCUUCAUUCUCCCUCUCUCUGUGUGUGUGUGUGUGUGUGUGGGUGUCGGUGGGUGUGUGUGUGUGUGUGGGUGUCGGUGGGUGUGUGUGUGUGUGUAUGCAUCCCUGUGUGUGUGUAUGCAUCCCUGUGUGUGUGUGUGUGUGGGUGGGUGGUUGUAUGCAUCCCUGUGUGUGUGUGUGUGUGUGUGUGUGUGUGUGUGUGUGUGUGUGUGUGGGUGGGUGGUUGUAUGCAUCCCUGUGUGUGUGUGUGUGUGUGUGUGUGUGUGUGUGUGUGGGUGGUUGUAUGCAUCCCUGUGUGUGUGUGUGUGUGUGUGUGUGUGUAUGCGUCCCUGUGUGUGUGUGUGUGUGUGUGUGUGUGUGUGUGUGUGUGUGUGUGUGUGUGUGUGUGUGGGUGGGUGGUUGUAUGCAUCCCUGUGUGUGUGUGUGUGUGUGUGUGUGUGUGUGUGUGUGUGGGUGGUUGUAUGCAUCCCUGUGUGUGUGUGUGUGUGUGUGUAUGUGUGUAUGCAUCCCUGUGUGUGUGUGUGUGUGUGUGUGUGUGUGUGUGUGUGUGCGUCCCUGUGUGUGUACCAGCUCAGAAGACAGUCCUGAUUGUGUACGCCCACCAGAGUGGGGGGUCCUUUAACUCGGCAGCGAAGGACGUUGCGGUGGAAGCCCUCAGACAGCAGGGCUACAAGGUCGUUGUGUCUGACCUCUACGCCAUGAACUUCAGAUCCUCCGCCACUAUGGACGAUAUCACAGGUACACACACACACACACGCCAACACACACACACACAUGCUCACACACGCCAGCACACAUGCCAACACGCGAACACACGCUGGACGUUGCUGCUGUUCUGUCCCUUUGUCAGGUGAGGUGAAGAACCCGGAGCACUUCAAGUACGGGGAGGAGACCAUGGAAGCCUGGAAGGAGGGUCGACUCAGUGAUGACAUCAUAGCUGAGCAGCGGAAAGUGGAGGCGGCGGAGCUCGUCAUCUUCCAGGUCAGAGGUCACACACUCCCCCCCCCCCCCCUCUCUCUCUCUCUCUUUCUUUCCCCUUUCUUGCUCUCUUCUGCCUCUUUCUGUCUCUCUCCCCUCCCCCACCUCUAUUUCUGUCUCUCUCCCCUCCCCCACCUCUAUUUCUGUCUCUCUCCCCUCCCCCCCUCUAUUUCUGUCUCCCUCCCCUCCCCCACCUCUAUUUCUGUCUCUCUCCCUCCCCUCCCCCACCUCUAUUUCUGUCUCUCUCCCCUCCCCCACCUAUAUUCUCUCCCUCCCCUCCCCCACCUCUAUUUAUGUCUCUCUCCCCUCCCCCACCUCUAUUUCUGUCUCACUCCCCUCCCCUCCCCCACCUCUAUUUAUGUCUCUCUCCCCCUCCCCCACCUCUAUAUCUGUCUCUCUCUCCUCCCCCACCUCUAUUCUGUCUCUCUCCCCUCCCCCACCUCUAUUCUGUCUCUCACCCCUCCCCCACCUCUCUGUCCUCUCUCCCCUCCCCUCCCCCCACCUCUAUUUCUGUCUCUCUCCCCCUCCCCCACCUCUAUUCUGUCUCUCUCCCCUCCCCCCCACCUCUAUUUAUGUUUCUCUCUCCCCUCCCCCACCUCUAUUUCUGUCUCUCUCCCCUCCUCCGACAUAUAUUUCUGUCUCACUCCCCUCCCCACCUCUAUUUCUGUCUCUCGCCCCUCCCCCACCUCUAUUUCUGUCUCCCUCUCCUCCCCCACCUCUAUUUCUGUCUCCCUCUCCUCCCCCACCUCUAUUUCUGUCUCACUCCCCUCCCCUCCCCCACCUCUAUUCUGUCUCUCUCCCCCCCCACCUCUAUUUAUGUCUCACUCCCCUCCCCCACCUCUCUAUAUGUCUCUCUCCCCUCCCCCACCUCUAUUUAUGUCUCACUCCCCUCCCCCACCUCUAUAUUUCUGUCUCUCUCCCCUCCCCCACCUCUCUAUAUGUCUCUCUCCCCUCCCCCACCUCUAUUUCUGUCUCCCUCUCCUCCCCCACCUCUAUUUAUGUCUCUCUCUCCUCCCCCACCUCUAUUUAUGUCUCACUCCCCUCCCCCACCUCUCUAUAUGUCUCUCUCCCCUCCCCCACCUCUAUUUAUGUCUCACUCCCCUCCCCCACCUCUAUAUUUCUGUCUCUCUCCCCUCCCCCACCUCUCUAUAUGUCUCUCUCUCCUCCCCCACCUCUAUUUCUGUCUCACUCCCCUCCCCCACCUCUAUUCUGUCUCUCCCCUCCCCCACCUCUAUUUAUGUCUCUCUCUCCUCCCCCACCUCUAUAUCUGUCUCUCUCUCCUCCCCCACCUCUAUAUCUGUCUCUCUCUCCUCCCCCACCUCUAUUUCUGUCUCACUCCCUCCCCUCCCCUCCCCCUCCCCCACCUCUAUUUCUGUCUCUUCCACUCCUCACCUCUAUUUCUGUCUCCCUCCCCUCCCCACCUCUAUUUAUGUCUCACUCCCCAUCUCCCCCCCCUCUAUUUCUGUUUUCUCCCCCCCUCCCCCUCACAAUAUAUUUCUGUCUCACUCCCCCUUUCCCCCACCCAUCUUUUCUUCUCUCUCCCCUCCCCCACCUCUAUUUCUGUCUCUCUCCUCUCCCCUCCCCCGACAUAUAUUUCUGUCUCACUCCCCUCCCCCACCUCUAUAUCUUUCUCUCUCCCCUCCCCUCCCCCACCUCUAUUUCUGUCUCACUCCCCUCCCCCGACUAUAUUUCUGUCUCUCUCCCCCUCCCCCCACCUCCUAUUUUUGUCUCACUCCCCUCCCCCACCUCCCCUCAUUUUUCUCUCCCCUCCCCCCCCCCAUCUCUAUUUUUCUGUCUCACUCCCCCUCCCCCGCAUAUAUUUCUGUCUCUCUCCCCUCCCCCACCUCUAUUUCUGUCUCACUCCCCUCCCCCCCCCCCCCCCUCUAUUUCUGUCUCUCUCCCCCUCUCUCCCUCUCCUCCCUCCCGCCUCCCCCCCCCUCUCUAUUUCUGUCUCACUCCCCUCCCCCGACAUAUAUUUCUGUCUCUCUCUCCCCUCCCCCCACCUCUAUUUCUGUCUCACUCCCCUCCCCUCCCCCACCUCUAUAUCUGUCUCCUCCCCUCCCCCACCUCUGUUUCUGUCUCUCUCCCUCCCCUCCCCACCUCUAUUUCUGUCUCUCCCCUCCCCUCCCCCACCUCUAUUUUCUCUCUCUCCCCUCCCCUCCCCCACCUCUAUUUCUGUCUCUCUCCCCCCCCACCUCUAUUUCUGUCUCUCUCCCCCCCACCUCUAUUUCUGUCUCUCUCUUCUCCCCCACCUCUAUAUCUGUCCUCUCUCCCCCUCCCCCACCUCUAUUUCUGUCUCAACUCCCCCCCACCUCUAUUUCUGUCUCUCUCCCCCUCCCCCCGACAUAUAUUUCUGUCUCACUCCCCCUCCCCUCCCCCACCUCUAUUUCUGUCUCACUCCCCUCCCCUCCCCCACCUCUAUUUCUGUCUCGCUCCCCCCCACCUCUAUUUCUGUCUCACUCCCCCUCCCCCACCUCUCUAUCUGUCUCCCACCCCUCCCCCACCUCUAUUUCUGGCUCACUCCCCUCCCCCACCUCUCUAUCUGUCUCCCACCCCUCCCCACCUCUCUAUCUGUCUCUCUCCCCUCCCCCACCCUCUUUUUAUUUAUGUCUCACUCCCCUCCCCUCCCCCACCUCUAUUUAUGUCUCUCUCCCCUCCCCCACCUCUAUUUCUGUCUCUCUCCCCCUCCCCCACCUCUCUGUCUCUCUCCCCUCCCCUCCCCCACCUCUAUUUCUGUCUCUCACCCCUCCCCCACCUCUCUGUCUCUAUCCCCUCCCCUCCCCCACCUCUCUUUCUGUCUCUCUCCCCCCCUCCCCCCCCCACCUCUCUAUCUGUCCUUUCCCCCUCCCCUCCCCCACCCCGACCAUCUCUUUCUGUCUCCUCUCCCCUCCCCCACCAUCUCUGUCUCUCUCCCCUCCUCCCCCCCUCCCCCACGCUCUCUUUCUGUCGCUCUCGCCUCCCCCCCCCUCCCCCUUUUCUGUCGUCUCUCUCUCCCCCCUCCCCCCCCCCUCUUUUCUGUCUCCUCCCCCUCCCCCACCUCUCUUUCUCUCCCCCUCCCCUCCCCCAAACCUCUAUUUCUGCUCUCACCCCUCCCCCCCUCUCUGUCUCUAAACCCCUCCCCUCCCCCCCCUUUUUUCUGUCUCUCUCCCCCCCCCCCCCCUUCUUUUUUCUUUCCCCUCCCCCUCCCCACCCUCCUUUUCUGUCUCUCUCCCCUCCCCUCCCCCACCUCUCUUUUGUCUCUCUCCCCCUCCCCUCCCCCACCUCUCUUUCUGUCUCUUUUCCCCCCCCCCCACCUCUUUUCUGUCCCCUCCUCCCCUCCCCCCUCUAUUCUGUCUCUCUCGCCUCUCCCCUCCCCCACCUCUAUUUCUGCUCUCUCUCCCUCCCCUCCCCCACCUCUAAUCUUUCUCUCUCUCCCCUCCCCUCCCCCACCUCUAUUCUUUCUCUCUCCCCUCCCCUCCCCCACUCUAUUUCUGUCUUCUUCUCUCCCCUCCUAUCUCCCGUCUCUCUUCCCCCUCCCCCACCCAUCUAUUUCUGUCUCGCCUCCCCUCCCCCCCCACCUCUCUUUCUGUCCCCCCCCCUCUCUCCUCUCCCUCCUCCUCCCCUCCCCCACCUCUCUGUCUCACUCCCCUCCCCCCCUCUCUGUCUCUCUCCUGUCUCUCUCCCGCCUCUCCCCACCUCUCUGUCUCAUCCCUCCACCACCUCUCUGUCUCUCUCCCCUCCCCCACCUCUAUAUCUUUCUGUCUCUCUCCCCUCCCCCACCUCUAUUCUGUCUCUCUCCCCUCCCCCACCUCUCUUUCUGUCUCUCUUUCUCUCUGUCCGUCUUUCUUCUUAGACUGUGCCUUGCUGCGUUUAAAUUCUCUACCAUUCUCCCAAAAGUAUUUAAGCCUCCGCUCCCCAUCAUAGUUUAAUAAUCAUUGGAUUGGUGUAGAUGUAGUGUCAACCACAUCUCUCUCCCCAUCAGUUCCCUCUGUACUGGUUCAGUGUUCCAGCCAUCAUGAAGGGCUGGAUAGACAGAGUCCUGACUCAAGGCUUUGCCUUCUCACUGCAGAAGAUGUACAACAAUGGAAUAUUCCAGGUUUGACCUUUUGACCCUUCUGUUCAUGUGUUUAGUUCCAGUAGCCUCUGUUAGAGUUUCAUACCCAUUGACAAUGAGCAGGAAAACAGCAUACGAUGGCACUAUAGUUUCAAUAUAACUUUAUAUGAAGGGACCUCAUAACCCAUAUAUAACCCAUAUGUAACCCAAACAUAACCCAUAUAUUACCCAUACAUAACCCAUAUAUAACCCAUAUGUAACCCAAACAUAACCCAUAUAUAACCCAUAUGUAACCCAAACAUAACCCAUAUGUAACUCAUUCAUAACCCAUAUGUAACCCAUUCAUAACCCAUAUGUAACCCAAACAUAACCCAUAUGUAACUCAUUCAUAACCCAUAUGUAACUCAUUCAUAACCCAUAUGUAACCCAAACAUAACCCAUAUAUAACAUUUUUUACAUUUUUACAUUUUAGUCAUUUAGCAGACGCUCUUAUCCAGAGCGACUUACAGUUAGUGAAUACAUAUUUUUUUAUACUGGCCCCCCGUGGGAAUCGAACCCACAAACGCAAUGCUCUAUCAACUGAGCUACAUCCCUGCCAGCCAUUCCCUCCCCUACCCUGGACGACGCUGGGCCAAUUGUGCGCCGCCCAUGAGUCUCCCGGUCGCGGCCGGCUGCGACAGAGCCUGGAUUCGAACCAGGAUCUCUAGUGGCACAGUUAGCACUGCGAUGACCACUGCGCCACUCAGGAGUUACUGUAGACCUUUGCAAAAUAGUGUGUAUAUAUGGGUUCUGUAACACAUACAGAACCCAUAUAUAACCCAUUCAUAACCCAUAUGUAACCCAUUCAUAACCCAUAUGUAACCCAUUCAUAACCCAUAUGUAACUCAUUCAUAACCCAUAUGUAACCCAAACAUAACCCAUAUGUAACCCAAACAUAACCCAUAUAAUAACCCAUUCAUAACCCAUAUGUAACCCAAACAUAACCCAUAUGUAAUGUGGGGGAUUUAAACAAAUACUAUUCCUGUAGCUGUGAGGUGAGAUCCUCUGGACUAAUCUAAAAUACACAGGUUAUUUGCAUCAGGUAGUGGAGCAUGGGAAUGACCAGGCCAGAAAUAUUAAUUUUUAUUCACAAUCUCAAUUACUCAAGCAACUCAAUGAAAGCUUCUCAUGGACACCAUCUUCAGCGCCCCGUCCAAUCGCUGCUGAUGUAGCACAUGGGGAUGUGAUUCUUCAUGUUCUGAAUCUAAAACUAUACUAAAUAUAAUUACGUCACCAAAUUAUUGAUUAAAACACACUAUUUUACAAAGUUCUACAGUAGCCUCAACAGCACUCUGUAGGGUAGCACCAUGGUGUAGCCCGGAGGACAGCUAGCUUCCGUCCUCCUCUGUGUACAUUGACUUCAAUACAAAAACCUAGGAGGCUCAUGGUUCUCACCCCCUUCCAUAGACUUACACAGUAAUUAUGACAACUUCCGGAGGACGUCCUCCAGCCUAUCAGAGCUCUUGCAGCAUGAACUGACAUGUUGUCCAUCCAAUCAAAGGAUCAGAUAAUGAAUCUAGGAUUGAAAGCAUGAGCUACAGCUAGCUAGCGCUGCAGUGCAUAAAAUGUGGUGAGUAGUUGACUCAAAGAGAGAGAAAGACAAUAGUUGAACAGUUUUGAACAAAUUAAUUUCUUCCAAAAUGAAGGAGAAGCGAGAGAGAAAUGUUUAGUCUUUUUUUUCUUCACUUUCAGUUUCACAUACUUAGCUAGCAAAUGCAGCUAGCUAGUUUAGCCUACUGAAACACCUGGCUCAAACAGAGGGAUGCUAUGUUAGCUAGCUGGCUAUGACUUUCCAACACAACACUAGAUCUCUUCAAAGUCAAGGUAAGCUUUUGGUAUUACUAAUUUAUUGCCUCCGGGGCCCGCCGGUGUAACUGCUUACUGACUGCACACUGUAACGUUACUGCAUGAUUGUAGCGGGUUUACUAACGCCUUAGUUCUAUUAGCUAUGCUGACUAUGACGUUACUUUAGCUAAUAUGGUGACAACGAUGUAGGCUGUGUGUAGCGGUUUGGCUUGGAAAGCUUUUUUCGCCUGGUCACAUACAGCUGAUGUGUUGUGCGUCGAAGUCCACAAACGAAGGGAAGAGAAGGAAUACAACGUGGCUGUUAUGAGAGUGAACUCUGUUUAGGGGUGAUCAGGGGUGUAUUCAUUCCGCCGAUUCUGUUGAAAAACGUUUCUUAAACGGAACAAAACUGUGAUAAACAUACCUGAAUUUGCACAAUAGAAGCUCUCGUUUGCAACUGUUGGACUAAUGAUUACACCCUAGAUCAGCUAGAUGCAGGCAAGAGUGUCACUGUCUGUCGUCUCAAAUUUGUCUCUCGGGCCUGUGUGCACCUACGUUGUAAACUUUCAUUCGUAGGCUGGUUUGUAGCAGCCUCGUGAUGGGUACAGGGAACAUUUGAGUAUCAUGUGGUAGCCUAAACCUAUCGCUGUUACAUCGAACUGGGUGAAUGGAAUAUGAAUGAGAGUCAUCCAAUAUGCUGUAAUAGAAAUAAGGACAAGCUCGUGAAAAAUAAAAAUGGUCCUCCCUCGUCUUAAAACGGCACCGACCGCCACUGGAGACAUUUCAGCAGCAGGUAUAAAAAUAAUGACAGACAACAGACUAACUAGAUUACUGCUACAAUUUAGGGACGGCCUGUUCAAUAGGGCGAUAUGGGCGACGCACUGCCAAACGGGAAAAGGAAGGGAUUUUUUUUCUAAUCAAUUAUAUCACGGCAACAGUAGUUAUCAGUGUUGUAAUCUAUACGUCUGAUCUGCCACAGUGCCACACUGCCACUAAAUGUCGAAUCAGGCUAAAGUCGUGCUUCAAAUGGCUCCACCCCAUUUUGGGGCGAUUUCAGUCAGAUUGAAAAUCGCCCAGAACUUCUGUCAUAGACUCCCAUGUAAAAUCUAUUUUUUUCAAAUUUCAGAGCCUUCAAUACAAUCUCUAUGGGUGUCUGUGGGCUUGCACUUACGCGCUUUCGUCACAUGAACGUAACUAAGAAAAGAGAGGGUAGCAGCGUCAAUCAAUUCACUACUACUAUCAACAUGGCUAGGCUUCAGUGCAACUCGGUUGUGUCUUUGAAAGAAUUUCCUUUUUGUCGGCGAACAAAUGAAGAUAAAUUGGCAACGAAACAACUAGGACCUCCCAGACCAAAUUUAAUAAUUCAACAGGUUUCUACUAAAGGGGGGAAGUCCUACACCCGAGGAUUUUCAAAAAAUUGGUAUGAACGAAAAACCUGGCUAGCAGGCUGCGAUGUAGCUAAUGCAGUCUUCUGCUACCCCCUGCUUACUCUUUCACCCUGAAGGCGGCACAGCAGACAGCACCGCUUGGACAGCGACUGGUGUAACCGACAUGCACCAUCUUUCAGAAAAGAUUAAGAAACAUGAGCUGUCAAAGACCCACAUGGAUAGCUGUUUGAGAAUUUCUGCUUUUGGGAGAGUGAAUAUUGCCACUCAACUGGAUGAGGGAUACAGGCUAGCUGUCCGCCGCCACAACGAUGAGGUUAGCAAGAACCGCCAUAUCCUCAGCCGGCUAAUCCAGUGUGUGAAGUUUUGCGGCGUGUUUGAGUUAGCUUUGCGAGGCAAAGAUGAAACUGAGGGCUCCACCAACCCUGGUAUUUUUCUUGGACUUGUCAACUUUGUGGCACAAUUAGAUGAGGUGUUUGAUGACCAUCUUAAAAAUGCUAAAGUUUUCAAGGGCACAUCAAAGACCAUUCAAAACGAGCUACUGGAGUGUAUGCUAGCGGUCACGAGGGAACAUAUUGUGGAGGAGGUGAAGUCUGCGAACUUCGUAGCUAUCCAAGCUGACGAGACCACGGACGUUUCUACACAGACACAGCUGGUGCUUGUGCUGAGGUACAUAGAUAGCAAGCACAAAGUGCAGGAGCGAUUUUUUGAGUUCCUUCCCAUCUCGGAAUCAACCUCAGUCUCAAUCGCCAGUGUACUUUUGGAGAGAUUGAACGGUCUUUUUGCCGAUGACGAGAAAGUCAAACUCAUUGCGCAAGCUUACGAUGGAGCCAGUGUGAUGAGGGGAGAGAAGGCUGGUGUGCAGAAAAAGGUGCGUGAGCAUUUCAAGAAUGCCCAUUACGUGCAUUGCUAUGCGCAUCAGCUGAAUUUGAUCAUGCAGCAAGCUACUUCUCGCAUCAAAAAAGUGAACAUUUUCUUUUCCGAUCUGAGCGGGAUUACAACUUUUUUUUCCCGGUCACCCAAACGCACCAGCAUUCUUGACCAGACUGUUGCACGAAGACUGCCCAGACCUUCAUCCACACGGUGGAACUUCAACAGCAGAGUCGUGAACACUGUCUACGAGAAUCGAGACGACCUAAUAGAAUGUUUUGAAGCCAUCCGGACGGGUUCAUUGGGUUCAUUUGACCAGGGCACAGUGAGAGAGGCAUCUGGCUACGUGAGGAUGCUGCAUGAUGAAGAUUUUAUUUUUUUCCUGCGGCUUUUUCACAAAAUCAUGCCCCACGUCGACAUUCUGUACCAGAAGCUACAGAAGAAGGACAUCGAUGCUGUCUUUAUCAAAAGUGCCCUCGACAGCUUCACAAGCAGUGUGCAGGCCAUAAGGUAAGAUUAAACAAUAUCAUUCAAUCUUUCUCAAAGCAGAGCUUUAUUUGAAAAUGUAUGCAUGAAAGGAGACUGCAUUUGUGUUUGAAAUUACAUUAUUCUCAUUAUAUAUGGCCAGUGGUGUAAUCUAUUUUAUUUUAUAUACUAUGUGUACUGUGCAGUGGUGCUCAUAAGUGUAUGAACACAUUCUAAAGUUGACUAAAAAGAGGAAUAAAAAAAUAAAAAAAUAGUCUUUUGGAAAUUUAUCUUAAUGACUUAAUUAAAAAAGUUGGAAAAUCCAACCUUUAUGGACACCAAUUUUCUUUUCUUUUUUAUUCCUCUUUUUAGUCAACUUUAGCAUGGGAUCAUAAGCUUAUGAUCACCACUGUAUACUGUGCUGAACAUCCAGGCUAUGUGAGACACAAAGGCUAACUUAAACACUAAAGACUUUAUGCAUCCCUGCCCAUUUUAAGUGGAACUGAAGUAUUUGUACUAUACAUCAUGGAUACAUUGCAUAUACCUGUGCAUCACAUAGACAACAAUACUGUACAAAGCCAACAAACACAUUGGUCUGUUUGCCUUCAGGGACUCCUCUCAACAGCAGCUGCAAGAAGCAACAGGAGCCAAAAGACCCAGAACAGCUUUGAGAGAAGAGGAGAAGCAGAGGCUGUCUGAAGAGGUCUGCAACACCAUCCUGGAUCACAUCAAAGAAAGGUUCUCUUUCUCUGGCCACCUUGUGAGUGCUACCUUACUGCAAGCAGACAUGUUUGAAAGGUACUGCCAUUCAUUUCCUGAUGAGGCUCUGAAUGCCACUGUGAAUGCAUACCCCAUGCUGAGCAAGGCAAAGCUCAAGACAGAACUAUCUCUGAUCUAUGAGAAUCCUGAAUUCAAGGGAGGCUGUGGUGCACUGGCACUGUACCAGGUUCUCAUGAGCUACAACCUCCAGGAGACGUUCUCUGAGACUGUGACUCUGUUGAACAUCCUCAUAACUACUCCCAUGACAACAGCUGAAGCUGAGAGAUGUUUCUCAACUUUGACACGAGUUAAGACAUUCCUGCGAAAUUCAAUGGGCCAGGAACGUCUGCAUGCACUGGCCAUGCUUUCCAUGGAGAGGGAACUAGUCCUCAGCAUGCCUGAUUUCAAUGAGAAAGUCAUUGAACGCUUUGCUGUAUUGAAACAGAGAAGAGAACAGUUUCAGUACAAGUAAUGUAGCCUCUCUCUCUCUUUGUCCCUCCCUCCCUGUCUCUUUAACACACACACGCCCAAAUCAGUUCACAGUUGAUGUUGUUUAAAAUAGUUAUUUUUCAUUUAAAAAAAAGUAAAACAAAAAAAAAUAUCUGUUCAUGUUCAUUUUUACAAAUCUAUACAAUUGGCCAGAAUAUGGUUGUUCAUAUUUACAAAUCUAUACAAUUGGCCAGAAUAUGGUUGUUCAUUUUUACAAAGCCAUACAGAUAGCUGUGUUUACCUUUUCUAGAAAUUACUUUCAAAUUCUGUUUUCAAGCAAAAUGUCUAUCACUGUUCAUUUUCACAAAUCUAUACAAGAGGGCAGAAUAUGGAAGUCUAUAAAAAUGUCUUAUUACCAAUAACUUGCAUCAAUGUUUUCAGUAGCCUCUAUCAAAAGCUCCUGCUUGCUUGUUGUGAAUUAUGCUCAGGUGCACAUAUUUCCAAUUCAACCAUGAGGCAAAAAAUGUGGUAAAAGCUCUUGUUGAUCCUGCAAUCUGAACAAAUACCAAGAUGCUGUAUUUUCAGCUGAUAUUUCAUUUGUUUAUGGAAAUGCAUAUUGUUUAUGCAGUGUUGAGGAAUGUGAAAGAACACCCUUGAUUAUUUUUACUGUGAUAACUUAUUUUGAUUUUGUAAGCCAACACUUUUGAGAUCAGUCAAUAAAUGCUUCUGGUAUUGACUUAUAUGCUGCCCCUGUCUUCAUGUUGUUGCUGGACAUAUCUUUUAAAAAAUGUGUGUAGGUCACCUAAAUCAUCAGAAAAAUUGCCCCCCCUGAGAAUUUUUUCAGGAGCCGCCACUACAAGUUAUACUUUGAACUGGCUAUCUCACUAGUUAACUAUAGCCAACUAAGCAUUAAUGUUGCCUUUCCAUAGCCUAAAUAAAUCUGCACCGUUGGAAAGCUGGGAUUCCCCUCUAUUAAACAGUAGCCAUGUCAUUGAGACAACAUUAAAAACUAUUCUAAGAAUAGCCUAGUUGACCAAUACCUGGCUGUGCAUAGAUCUCCUCUGAAACAUGGAUAUUUGAGCCUUAUAUAUAAACAUGUCUAGAUAGAUACCUUGCUUUCAAGUUGCCUACCAUAUCCAUUUAAAAAUAUAUAUUUUUUACCAGGCAAGUCAGUUAAGAACAAAUUCUUAUUUACAAUGACGGCCUACACCGGCCAAACCCGGACGACGCUGGGCCAAUUGUGCGCCGCCCUAUGGGACUCCCAAUCACGGCCGGUUGUGAUACAGCCUGUAAUCGAACCAGCGGGUCUGUAGUGACGCCUCAAGCACUGAGAUACAGUGCCUUAGACCGCUGCGCCACUCGGGAGCCCCAUUUGAUCCCUGAUUCAUUGAAUGAGGGAGUAAUUUGAUCAAGACAAAAGUAUUUGGUUGUAAUGUUGCAAUAUUUAAUAUCAAGGGUGGCAACCAUCCUCCAGGAUAACUACUGGGUGUGCAGGCUUUUGUUCAAACCCUGAUCUAACCACAUUGCAACCUAAACAUCAGCCCUGAUCUAACCACAUUGUAGCCUAAACAUCAGCCCUGAUCUAACCACAUUGUAGCCUAAACAUCAGCCCUGAUCUAACCACAUUGUAGCCUAAACAUCAGCCCUGAUCUAACCACACUGUAGCCUAAACAUCAGCUGCUCAACAGGACCUUGAUAAGCAGACUUGGGUGUUUCAGGGCUGGAUCUAAAGCCUGCACACCCAGCAGCUCUCCAGAUAGAGUGUUGGCCACAUGUUAACAACAGUGCAGAUCUACUUUGUGGAGGGUUAAGUGCCUUGAUCAAGGGCACAACGGCAGGAGAUGGUAGGCCUACACGGGAUCAGACACAGCAGCCUUCCACUGUCAAUAAUGUAGGCUAAAUAAUAGUCAUGAAAUGUGGUUAAAAGUCAUGAAGAAGUCAUGGAAAAUCUGUAUGAACCCUUAACAGUGAAUAAUCACAGGUCUCUAUAGCAUAAUGUCAUUUGUGUAUUUCGGUGAACAUAGUCUAAUGGACUGACUUGGAAAAAGACAGAUCCUCCACUUCUUUCAUCCCAAGUCAAGCACUGAUUAACAUUAUAUCCAAAAAGUCGGAUUUCGUAACCUAAUACAUCCGAUAAUAAGCACCGAUGACAGAGCGGUGCCUGUUGAGGAUUUUACAUGUUGUGGUGGUUGUCUGCAAAGUUGUUUCCGCGGGUCACAAAAAGCCAAAUUAACAUGACACAAACUUAAUUAAAUGUAAAAGGAUUUGAAAAUAAAAAGCUUGCGGUACGCUCAGUGCUCCGUUGACAUUUCAGAGAGAUACACUUGUUUUUGUGAGAAAGAUAACAGGAAUUUUGCAUUAAUAUGAAAAGGGUACACUAAAAUAUAAAAAUACUACAUGUCAUGUCUCAAAAUUGAUAUCUAUCUUACCUCUAUAUUGUUUUAUGUCCUCCGGAUUGGAGAAAAAAAAUGACGAGUUUAAUGGUGAGCCUCUCAGGUCCUCUUCAUUCUCUCACAGCAUCCAGUCUAUUCCAGUCUAUGCUAUUUUCCAGAUUUUCGACCACUUUUUCUCUCUGGCCUUCAUUGAUUUAGUCACCCUAAUUUUGGCAAUUUUUACAAGGGUAAAAACAUCCUACAAGGGUAAAAACAAUAACUUUUGAAUGGAUUAUGAUAGAGACAUGAGGUUUGGACCCAUUGGGGUUUUGUUAGAGGAUUAUCCACACAAUUAAUAUAUUAUUUUACCCAUUGGUCAAAAUAUGUGUUUUUUUUGUUUGGACAUAAUGUCUAUAUCAUGAAAUGACACACUCCUCUCAUUCAGUUCAGGCUCUGUUGUUGCUUCUAGGUUAGAGUACAUUGUGUUUUUUGUGGAUUGAAUAGGGCCUGUGUUUGUUUGGAGUUACAUUUCCUGCUCUUUGUCAUUCUGCAGGACAAGAAAGCCAUGUUGUCGUUCAGCACUGGAGCUAUGCAGACUAUGUACCGCCCUGACGGCCUCAACGGAGACAUUAACGUCACACUGUGGCCCCUACAGGUAACCAGGAAGACAGCCAGGGGAAGAUUGUGACACAAAAAAAAUAUUCAACUGUAUUUGCUUCUCAUGGAUUUAGAAGGCAAUCAAGUGGCGUUGGGGAUACUCGACUGUCUCAAAAUGUGUUUCCUCAAACAUUUUUAUGCUUGGAAGUUACUUCCAAAUAUUUGUAUUUCAGAUGUGUUUCAUUUAGUUUUGGGUUUGCAUUUUUUGGGACUAUUCCAUUGGUUCCAUUGUAGCAUAUUGUGCAAACUAAACCAAGCGCAGUUGAAGUAUUUGCGAUAUGUAUUUGACCCAGGCUCCUCACUCCUCUUCUCUCUCCUCCACGUCCCUCCAUCCUUCCAGAACGGCGUCCUUCACUUCUGUGGGUUCCAGGUCCUAGCCCCCCAGGUGUUCUGGUGUCCUGGACACAGUCCCCCCGCUACACGGACAGCCAUGCUGGAUGGCUGGAGGGCCAGGCUGAAGACCCUGCUGGUCGAGCGACCUCUGACCUUUGCCCCCAGCGAGCUGUUUGACCUGACCUUCCCCGGGGGCUUCAUGCUGCGGCCGGAGGUCAGGGAGGAGCGGAGCACCCACCCCCACGGCAUCACCACCGGACACCACCUGGGGAAACCCCUCCCCCCUGACAACCAGCUGAAGGCUGAAGGCUGA